AUGGACCAGGAUCUCAUCAAGCUUGUCAAUAAGCUGCAGGACACGUUCGCCAACCUCGGCGGAGAACUCGACAUGCCUCAGCUGGCCGUAGUUGGUAGUCAGUCAGCGGGCAAGUCGAGUGUCCUGGAGACUAUUGUUGGAAGGGAUUUCCUACCUCGUGGCCAGGGCAUUGUUACACGGCGACCGCUCGUCCUUCAGCUUAUCCAUACGCCUGAGCCAGCUGAGGGCUCCAGCAACUCGAUACGAGAAUGGGGCCAAUUCCUGCACAUCGACAAGAAAUUCACGGACUUCAACGAAAUUCGGAAGGAGAUUGAGCAGGAGACGUUUAGGGUGGCAGGUCAAAACAAGGGCGUUAGCAAACUACCAAUAUCCCUACGGAUAUACAGUCCAGAUGUGUUGGAUUUGACCUUGGUGGAUCUGCCUGGAUUGACAAAGAUCCCAGUAGGAGACCAGCCCAGUGAUAUCGAGCGUCAAAUUCGGAAUCUUGUCCUUGACUACAUCUCGAGACCGAAUUGCGUCAUUCUCGCAGUAUCCCCCGCCAAUGUCGACCUCGCAAACUCCGAAUCCCUAAAACUCGCCCGCUCCGUCGACUCACAAGGCCGACGCACUAUUGGACUACUCACGAAGCUCGACCUCAUGGAUGCCGGCACAAACGCUCUCGAUAUCCUCACGGGACGCGUGUAUCCUCUCAAAUUGGGCUUUAUCGGUAUCGUCAACCGGAGUCAACAAGACAUCAAUUCGGAGAAGAGCAUGUCAGACGCCCUCGACAGUGAAACUGAAUUCUUUCGGAACCAUCAUGCGUACCGGAAUAUCGCGCACAAGAAUGGGACGAAGUACCUUGCUAAGACACUCAACCAGGUCCUUAUCAACCACAUUCGAGAGAAAUUGCCAGACAUGAAAGCACGGUUAAACACUCUCAUGGGACAGGCUCAGCAAGAACUAAACUCAUUUGGCGAUUCUGCGGUUUUCGGAGACAAAAACCAGCAAGGAGGCCUGAUUCUGCGACUCAUGACCCAAUUCGCUCGCGACUUUGUCUCUUCUAUCGAGGGCACGAAAGUGGAUAUUUCAACAAAGGAGCUCUCAGGUGGUGCACGGAUAUACUACAUCUUCAAUGAUGUCUUUGGUCGUGCCCUAGCCUCGAUAGACGCUACACAGAACCUAGACGACCAGGAUAUCCGGACGGCCAUCCGCAAUUCAACGGGCCCAAGACCGAGCUUGUUCGUGCCAGAGAUGGCAUUCGAUCUGUUGGUCAAGCCUCAGAUUAAGCUGCUCGAGGCGCCGAGUUCGAGGUGUGUUGAGUUGGUAUAUGAGGAACUGGUGAAGAUCUGCCAUAAUUGUACAAGUGCGGAACUGCAACGAUUCCCAAUACUACAUGCCCAACUCAUCGAAGUCGUGUCGGAGUUACUACGAGAGCGACUGGGCCCGACAUCGGAGUAUACACAAAGCUUAAUCGACAUUCAGGCCGCAUAUAUUAACACAAACCACCCUUCCUUCAUCUCUGGAUCUGCACUUGCGUCUGCACAGGCCAGACAGCCUUCAAGACCCCAGAUUCCUCAGCGGCCACAGUCAACAGAGCCUGUCAACGGAAAUGGCCCCUCUCGAGAAGACGACGAAGAAAGCACCUCGGACGACGGUAUAAAUGCUUUCGGUACCACCAACAAUGCUGGGCCCAACAGCAUCGUCAAACGGUCUUCAUCGAAGUCGCGAGCGCAGCGGAUCCCUGGUACCAACGCCCUCAACACCAACACCAAUGCCAACCCUUUCGGAAACCAGCCUGCACGACCGCACUCGGCGCUAGAGAGGUCACACCACGUCAGCGCGAGCAACACAAGCAUGAGCACAGGCUCUUCGCCGCCAGGCGGAGCUGGCUCUGCACGCGAGACAUUCCUCAACUAUUUCUUUGGCCAGAACGGGCCAGGGCCCAUCGCAGGCGCCAGCGUCGAGCGGGCCGGUGCAGUAGGCGGUAGUGGCCACCAUGUCCACCACAGUUCCUCCUCCCCAGGUCUGGGGGCGGGGAUGAGCAUUGGCUCUACAGAGCCAGCAUAUAUCGUCCCUGUGGGAAGGGAUGUGUCCGGUGGAGACUCGUCGCUGACAAGUGGGCUGAUGGCGGGGAAGAAUGGGAAUAGUGCGGCGUAUGACAUGAAGAGCUUGGGAAGACAUAUUGAAGCUAUCUCAGCAGACGGGAUGCAGAUGACAGCGCGCGAAGAGAUGGAGACGCAGCUCAUCCGGUCACUAAUCCAGUCAUACUUCAACAUCGUUCGUCAAUCUAUUCAAGACAUUAUCCCGAAAGCGAUUAUGCACUUCCUUGUCAACCACACUGCGCAGCACGUCCAGAACCGGCUAGUGGCAUCGCUGUACAAGCCAGAGUUGUUCGCGGACAUGCUAAAUGAGGAUGAAGCACUCGUUGCGGAGAGGACACGGGUGAAGGCGUUGCUUGACGCGUACAAGGAGGCGUUCAAGACUCUGUCGGAUGUCAGCCUGAAGUCGACGUAG